CACACAUUUCAACAAGAGCUUCCUCAUACGUGUGCACUUGCUGCUUCAACGCUACCUACUAAACAGCUACAUGCUGUGACUGCAUAUGCUAGGAAGGACAGCAUUUUUAGCUUGUAUUUGUUGAUAAAGAAAUAAAUCAAUGUUAUGCUCAAGUCAGUGCAAUAACAGUGGAUCCAGUGGAUAAAUACAUUUCUCUCGUCUGCUCAGCCAAGACAAAUGGACAAGAAGUCACAGCAAGCACAGGUGAAUGUGGAGCAGCAGCAACUGUCUCAAAACACGAGGAGGAGUUUCAGCUUCUCAUCUCUCCGUAUUAAAAAAAGGCACAACAGUGCAGAAGAUGGUGGAUUUACACGGCGGAGAGGGUUGUUGUCUUUUUCAUCGGUCAGAGAGACAUCAAGAAAGGAGCCAGAUGACGAUGGUGUCUCACAGCUACACAGUACACAGGACCAGAUGAAGAUGACAGGUGAGCAGCCCAGAGUUAACCUCAUCUCUGAUGUCGCCGGGAAACACAGUGCCAUCCCGUCAGGUGAUGAUGAAGGUGAACGACAAGGGGCCCUUAAGAGAUUCAGCGCCAUGUGGUCCUCUUUUCGCAGAGGCAAAAGAGAUAAAGUCAAAGACCCUGAGCCUUCAGAGCCACUGGGCACAGAAGCGGCAGACAACACAUCCAGGCAGCAUCGCUAUGUCAGUGGUCAGUACUUCUUUGAGUAUCUGGUGGUGGUCAGCCUCAAGAAAACCAAGGAUGGCAGCAGCUAUGAACCUCAGAUCACCUACCAGUUUCCCAAGAGGGAUGUGAUGGCGAGAUUUCAGAAGGAGGAAGAAGAGAAGACGCUAAAGGCAAUCACUCUCUUUUGUUUCCCAGAGGGCAUCAACUGGGCUCCCUUGACAGAAUACCACAGUGAGACCUUCUCCUUUGUUCUGACUGAGAUUGAUGGCAGCAGAAGAAAUGGAUACUGCAGGAGGUUACUGCCAGGAGGAAAAGGAGCUCGCCCACCUGAGGCGUACUGCAUCAUCAGCAGUCUGGCUUGUUUUGGCCUCUUCUCCAAGAUAUUUGAUGAGGUGGAGAAGCGGCGGCAGAUCUCCAUGGCUAUGAUCUACCCAUUCAUGCAGAAGCUGCGGGAGGCCCCAUUCCCUGCUCCGGGAAACACUGUGGAGAUUAAGAGCUUCAUUCCUGAGUCGGGCACUGAGAUCAUCAGUCUGACCCGUCCACUGGAUUCCUGGCUGGAACACGUCAACUUCGCCACACUUUUCAACUGCCUGAAAGAUGAGGAUGUGUUGAAGGUGUUUGCUGCCGCUGUCUUGGAGAGACGGAUCAUCUUCAUCGCUGAUGAACUGGGUACGUUAUCCCAAGUCAUUCAUGCAGUAGCAGCCCUCCUUUAUCCCUUCACCUGGCAGCACACCUUCAUCUCCAUUGUUCCGGAAAUCCUGAUCGAUGUGGUGAUGGCACCCACCCCCUACCUGCUGGGAGUCCAAAAACGCCUGCUGGACCUGGUCACUGACCAGAGUGAUCUGCUGGUGGUUGACUUGUCUGAGGAGAAAACGGAGACCUUCAUUGUUUCAAUUGGUGAUGAAGACUCUAUUCUGCCCCCGAAGCUCAAAACUGAAAUACUAGAGGCACUAUGUACAAGACAACAAACAUCAACGGUGGAAGAGCUUAACCGGGUGGUGUCAGAAGCCUUCCUGCAUUUCUUUGUGAAAACAGUUGGCCAUUACGCCUCGUAUGUGAAAUACAGUCAUGCUGGAGAGCGUGGGGUGUUUGAAAAGAGAAGCUUCUACAAGGCCAUUGAAUCCAAGACCACGCGGCACUUUGUCAAGAAGUUCAUCCAGACGCAGAUGUUUGACCUGUUUAUCCAGGAGGUGGAGCAGCAGCAGCCUGGACCACAGCAAGGAAUAUUUCACAAAAAGAUCCUUGAAUACCAAGAGAAGAAGAAAAGGGACAAGACAAAGAAACACUAGUUCUCAGUGGGGACCCUGGGUGUAUAUAAAGGAGUACAGAGGAAAGAUGUGAAUGUUGUACUGUGUGUUUCAUUUCCUGUGUCAGUUUGGUUUUAAAUAUGUAUGUAACAAUGUGUGAAUUACUGUAUGGUUAUCAUGCUGCUACUCUGUGAAACACUGGCAGAAUUUCAGAUUCAGUUCCGCGUGUUAGUCCUUGGCCUGUGGCCAAAGUGUGUCGCUGAUGAGCAGAAAAUCAUUUCAAUAAAGAUUAGUUUUUUGAAGUCAA